UUGUAAAGAAAAUGUGUUUGAAUUUAGAUAAAAUAUGGAUGAAGAAGAAGUUGAAAGUAAGAUUUGGGACCAUCGAUAAUUUUAGCUGGAAAUAAUGGGACCCAAAUGAUCCUACAUGGAGUGAGGCAUUGAGGCAAGUUUUCUCUCUUUCUCUCAUUUUCUCGCCACUUUGUCUCUCCUAAUGAGAGGUAUUCACACUCUUUGCUGGCGAUCCAUGACCCAAUUUAGGUAACCGUUGAAUCCAGCGGAGACUUUCUCCUCUAUCUAAUCCAAGAUCAGAUUUUCAGCCCCCAAAUUCACGCCCCAUUUCCGCCACCCAGAGAACCCUAGUUCCUAAUCUUUGAAGGUUCAGUGUAUCUGGAUUUUGAAGAGGAAAUCGAGAAUCUGGGGCGGUGCCCAUUUGACCCAUUUGGUUAAUUGUUGGCUGGAGGCAGAAAUCUCGAAGACCCAGAUCGGGGAAUGAUCAUGAUUAUGAAACCCUAGAGUGUUUGUUUUUCUGGAAUUUGCAGAGGGAAGAAAGAGUUUUGGGCUGAAUCCAGAUGAGAAAAGGAUUAGAGGGCCUAACCUUAACCCCUCAUUGAUUGUAAAAGUGUGAAUCUUGGAUUGUUGUUUUAUGGAACAGCCGUUUUCUACAUUGUUGUUUGUAAUUCUAGGGUUUGGUUUCUGUAUUUAUGCUGUUCUCGUUGAUGCUCAGUCAAAAGUUGAAUCGAAACCCAAUACAACACCCCCUCCGCCCUCUCCGCCACCUCCGCCGGCAGUUCCACCACCUCCUACACCGUUGUCACCACCACCUCCGCCGCCAUCGCCAUCUCCUCCUCCGCCGCCAUCGCCAUCUCCUCCUCCACCGCCAUCACCUUCUCCGCCGCCAUCACCUCCUCCUCCUUCACCACCGCCGCCGCCACAACGACCACGACCACUAACACCACCAACGCCGCCGACCCCUAAUCAUCACUCUAGCAAGAAGAAUUCGACUAGUCAUUCAAAAAAUGCAGCUACAGAUCCUACAUCCAACGUCAAUCCGAAUCGAAUGAACAAUGACACUGCAGAGCAUCAUCAUGACCAAAAAAUCAAUCUGGGGAAGACGAUUGGGCUGUUGUUUGUCGGCAUUGCAGGGAUUUUGCAAAUUUGUGUAGUGGGGUUCUUGACUUUCAAGAGAAGACAGCUUCUAAAGCUCAAGGACAGAUAUGAAACUUGUUCUUCUUCUUAAUUAAUUUUUAUAAUUUUAAUUUUCUGUAUCUCAUUUCUCAUUGAUUCUUUUGAGCUGAGAUUCUUUGGUGGGCGGAUGAAUACGAAUGGAAUCGGUGAUUGGUUGAUUGUAGCAUUGGUUUCUUUUCAGUUUCACUGUAAAUGAGUAAAUGUUGAUUGGCAUUUUCUUUUCUCAUUCUCCCAGAAUUUUCUACUCGUUUCUCUUUGUUUUGUUUACAUAAUUUGUAAUUCAAAGCAGAAGAACUUUCUUUUCCCUAUUGAGACA